AUGGGUCAAAAGAUUUCCAAGAUGAUGAAUCAGAUCUUCGGAUCCAAGGAGAUGCGAUUGCUGAUGCUAGGUCUGGACGCAGCCGGCAAGACGACCAUCCUCUACAAACUCAAGCUCGACACCGACGUAACCACCAUCCCCACCGUCGGCUUCAACGUCGAAACCGUCACCUACAAAAACACCAAAUUCAACGUCUGGGACGUCGGCGGCCAGGACAAAAUCCGUCCCCUCUGGCGACACUACUUCUCCGGCACCCAAGGUCUCAUCUUCGUCAUCGACUCCAACGACCGCGACCGCAUCGAGGAAGCCCGCAGCGAAUUGGCCCGCAUCAUCCAGGAUCGGGAAAUGAAAGACGCGCUGUUGCUGGUGUUUGCGAAUAAGCAAGAUGUGCCGGGAGCCAUGCGGCCGAAGGAGGUGAGCGAUGCGUUGGACCUGGGGCGGAUAGCGAGGGAUCACACGUGGAAGGUGGAGCCUAGUUGUGCGACGACGGGCGAGGGCAUUUUCGAGGGAUUGGCGUGGCUGAGUAGCAAUGUCAAGUUGCCUCCGAAAUGA